CAGCUGCAUGCAUGCGUAUCCAUAGGUUAUACUCCAAACCUCGCACACCAAAAGUCAAUUUCAUUUUGUUUAUAUGUCAGGUUAUGGCAACAUAUAUGUAGCUAACAGAGUUUGAGAUUAUUCAAAUCAUAUAUUAAUCGAUGUAUUGGGAUAGAUGCCUACUCUCGCUCUUCAUUUAAGCAAGCAUCUAUUCUCUCACCCCGAAACUUGCUAUUUAGAACCCUUGCAGCGAGGCUUGCGAUGUGGUUUGCUUGCAUGUCUCCACCAAUUCAAAGAUGAGGCCGACUAGAAAUCGCGAGGAACAUGGCAGCGAAAGUCUGGUGAACAGCCAAAGUGCACUCAAGAGUCUGGCGUCUGUGGAACAACUGUGGGACGAAUGGGAGAUCCACUGCCUGGUCCUCCUAAGCUUGGCCUUGCAAGUCUUCCUCUUCCUCGCAGCGGGCAUCCGGAGCGCGCAGCGCGUCGCGCGUACUCCACUCGCUCCUGUGGCUUGCCUACGUGUCGGCCGACCUUGUGGCCGUCUUCGUGCUCGGCCAUCUAGCGGUGUCCGGCUGCACGAGCAGGCCGCGGCACGAGCUGAUGCCGUUCUGGGCUCCGUUCGUGCUGGUCCACCUGGGCGGGCAGAGCAGCAUCACGGCCUUCUCCAUGCAGGACAACGAGCUGUGGGGGCGCCACCUGCUGGGCCUCGUCACCCAGGUGGCGCUGGCCGGCUACGUCGUCUCCAAGUCGUCCUUGUCGGACGGGCGGCUGCUUGCAGCCAUGGUGCUCAUGUUCCUCAGCGGCUGCGUCAAGUACGCCGAGCGCACCCUCUGCCUCUACCUUGCGAGCCCGGCGAAGCGCAGGGACCACUCCCUCGGCAGCAUGUCGUUCGUGCUACAGCAGCACCGUAGCAGCAGAGUUGAGCGGCGUAGUAGUAGUAGAAACCCAGGCGCAGCAGGCGUCGAUCGCCGCGGCUAUAGCUCGGACUUAACAGAACUUGCAGGGGAGCGGCUGAGAAGAAGGUUCGAUCGCAUGCUCAAUGCCCACUCUGGGUCCGGUCCGGAGGAAAAGGGCAGCCUGCUGGACAUCGGCUCCGAUGUCCACCCCGUCAUGUCCGUGGACGCUCCACUCAACGACCUGUCAACUGUGGUAUGCGCGGAGUCGGACAUCAUCCCACAGUUGCACGAGCAGUACAGGCGCAGGGAAGGCCGCAGCUCCAAGGCCUACGGCUACGUCGCCGAACGCUUGGUACCCUUCUACCAAGACCUCUACACCAAAAAGCCUCUCAGCCACCUCCGCCAGCGGUUUCUGCUCGACUACGCAUGCUCGUGCAGUCCUGACGCUGAAGACCAUGGGUGUAUGCUCAACAAUGUCCGGUGUCUUGUCACCCUGACACUAGUAGCGCUCCUCGUACCCGUCCUGUAUUUCUCAACCUUGCCCACUCCGAUCGCUCUGGCGCUCUUCGUGGCCACCGACAAGGGCGGCGGGCUGCGAGCCUACAGCAGAGCUGAUGUCGUGGUGUCCUACAUCCUGCUGGCAGGAGCCGUCGCCCUGGAUGUGUCGUCUGCCUUCAUCUCGUUUUCUGACUGUAUGAGAGAAACCACGGAUGGUGAUGUAAAUUUGCAUUUGGCUAGCAGGGCCGAGUGGUCCGAGAAGCUAGCUCAGUAUAACAUGUUCGGGCAACAUGCUGCCGCGGAAGACGAUGCUUCUGCUGCUCAAGGAACGGCGGGGUCCGUGCUACGAAGAUGGAUAGAGAAGCCCCUCAAAGCCUGUGGUGUCCAGGCACUCGAUGUGACGCGCAUCGCCCUCCCCGGGGAUCUCAAGGAGUUGGUUCUAGACAAGCUGUUAGACUUGGGAGCAGGCGGGCAGCAAGAUUGGAACUUUGCCAGCACCGGUGGUCUGCUGGCCCUCCAGAAGUGGGCGGGCAACCAUAGAGACUCGGCCUCUGCUCGUCCAGGGACGGCGGCGCUACACCGGAGCAUCGACGCCGCCAUGGAUUUCCAGACGAGCGUGCUCAUCUGGCACAUGGCAACAGAUAUCUGCUACUAUGAAGGAUGCACCCAGUCCAGCAGCAGUCCUGAUAUGAAGGGGAAGAAGAGGAUGUGCAGAGAGGUGUCGAAUUAUAUCAUGUACCUCGUCUUCAAGUGCGGGGUGAUGCUCAAGACCAAUUCACAGCUCUUACAUCGCAAAGCUCACGGCGAACUGGAGGAAGCAAAAAAGGUCCGUAACCUAUCAGGUGUGGCCCAUGAGGGGAACCCUGCCCGGAUGGUAUUCCAGGUCUGGAAACAGACAGGCAGUGGAAUGGACCCGUUGCUCGCCUUUAAUCAUCUUAUGGAUGGACUUGGGGGAAGAGUGGUAAUGGAGAACGAGGAACUCCUCAAAGCAGGGAAAAAUGUCCAUGGCGGUGGACCAGCCGAAGCGGUGGCUCUUCCCCAGGGCAGCAGCGGCCAACAACCGACAGCUCAUAUGCAACUUCUGCAAAGCACAUACGAGGAUCUGGAUUCUGCAGUGACCAAUCGCGCGUGUGAGGUAGCCCAAGAGCUCAUCGCUAUCCAGGAAGAUGAAUGCUGGGAGCUCAUCACCGCUGUGUGGCUGGAGAUGCUUUUCUUCGUCGCGCCUCGCUGCGGUGGUGCUUUCCACAGCCAGCAUCUCAGCACUGGCGGUGAAUUCAUCACCCAUGUCCUGCUGCUAAUGUAUGUUGGGAUCUUUGCUUUGUAGAUGCCCAAACAGGGAGCAUGAACAAUAAGAAAGGUGGCAAUGAAAGUAAAUACCGAGCU